CAAAGAGUUUUGCUUUGCGUGUGUGUGUGUGUGUGUGAGAGAGAAAAACUAGAAAGAACUGCUCUGCGUGAGUGGUGAGAGAAAAGUGCAAUAAGCUGGAACAUGUCGAGGCUCUGUUUCUUGCUAGUUUGUCUACUGAGUUUAGCAGUGGGAGUCUCUAGCUCCCAUAAAUUUAGCAGGGAUGACUUCCCACCAGGCUUUGUUUUCGGUUCAGGCACCUCAGCUUAUCAGGUGGAGGGAGCAGCAAACGAAGAUGGGAGGACUCCUAGCGUUUGGGAUACCUUUGCUCAGGCCGGGAACGCACACGGAGCAACCGGAGAAGUAGCGUGUGAUGAAUAUCAUAAAUAUAAGGAAGAUGUGCAACUAAUGGCGGACACAGGCCUUGGUGCCUAUAGAUUUUCCAUCUCAUGGUCAAGACUUAUCCCAAAUGGAAGAGGACCUAUCAAUCCAAAGGGUUUACAAUAUUACAACAAUCUCAUCAAUGAACUAGUCAGCCAAGGAAUCCAACCACAUGUUACAUUACAGAAUUAUGACUUUCCUCAAGCACUUGAAGAUGAGUACGGAGGAUGGGUUAGCCGAAAGAUUGUGAAAGAUUUCACAGCAUAUGCGGACGUGUGCUUCAGAGAGUUUGGAGACAGGGUUUCAUAUUGGACUACUGUUAAUGAGCCCAAUGUGUCUGUUCUGGGAGGUUAUGACACGGGAUUUGCGCCACCGCAGCGAUGUUCUCCUCCAUUUGGUGCCAAUUACUGCUCUAGGGGCAAUUCUUCAACCGAGCCAUACAUAGCAAUACAUCAUAUCUUGUUGGCACAUGCUUCGGCUGCAAGAUUGUACAAGAGAAAGUAUCAGGAAAAACAACAUGGAUUCAUAGGGCUCAGCAUCUAUGGGUGGUGGUUUGUUCCUCUAACAGACACAAAAGAAGAUGCAAUCGCGACUCAGAGAGCCUUUGAGUUCUUCAUUGGAUGGAUUCUAGAUCCCUUGGUGUUUGGAGACUAUCCCAAAACGAUGAAGGAAAAUGUGGGCUCUAGACUUCCAGCUUUUACAAAUCAUGAAUCCAAACAGGUGAAGGGUUCAGUUGACUUCAUAGGGGUAGUACAUUACUUCAGUAUAUUUGCCAAAGACAACUCCAACAGUCUGAAGAUGGAAUAUAGAGACUUCAACAUGGAUGCAGCAGUACAGCUAAUCCCAAUGCAGGAUAAUUUAUCACUUGAGUUUCCUAUUGCACCCUGGGGUCUGCAAGGACUGCUGGAGUAUGUCAAGCAAGUUUAUGGCAACCCUCCUAUCUACAUUUAUGAAAAUGGUCAGAGGAUGCAACGGAAUUCAACAUUGGAUGACAUUCCAAGGGUGAAAUAUAUGCAUGGAUACCUUGGAGGUGUUCUAGAUGCAUUGAGGAAUGGAUCAAACACAAGAGGGUAUUUCACAUGGGCUUUCCUGGAUGUGUUCGAGUUAUUGGAUGGCUAUGACUCAAGCUAUGGCCUAUACUAUGUAGAUUUGGAUGACCCUGAUUUGAAAAGAUACCCCAAGCUCUCUGCAAAAUGGUACUCCCAGUUUUUGAAGGGAAGAAGCAUCAAUUCAGAUGGAAUUAUUGAAGUUGAGAAGAGUCAAUCAGCUCCCUCUCAUGCUCACUUUCAGUAGGUUCAUUUCCAUAUAACCAUGUAAUUUACUUAAAAGAUAUUGCAUGGCAGGGCUCAACUAAGCUCUAUAUAUCUACCUUUGUCUC